AUGAAUCCAAGUUGUAAUCAAGUUUUAAAAGAAGAAAAAGAAGUAAUAUGUGAAAACAAACCAGUGAUCAAAUACACAUUAGAAAACCCAUCCCAGAAUCUAGAAUACAAAUUAAAGAUUUCAUACAUUAUAAAUGAACCAACUGCCCCUCCUCAUUUGUUUGGUGGAAUUUUUUCAUCCUUUGGAGUAGAAAAAAAUACAAACAUAAAAUAUUACAACUAUUUGGAAUAUUUAAUGAAAGAAGAAAAACAAAAACAAACCAUUAAAACAAACCAAAAUGUAAUAAAAAAAAAUAGUAAUCAAAAAAAUAUUAAUAAUCAAAAAAAUAAUUAUUUAAAUAAGGUCUAUAAACAUUUUAAUAAUAUUAAUUUGAAUAAUAAUAACAAUAACAAUAACAAUAUAAAUAACGGCCACAACCGUACAACAACAACAACUACUACUACUACAGUAACAACAACUUUAUUAGAGCAAAAAAAUAUCAAUUUCAUUUAAGAAUUUCAAAUAAUAUGAUUUGUGUAUUAUUUAUAAUGAAUUCAUUUCUUAAUACAUAAUCAUAUUAUAAACCAUCAUUGAAUAAUAUUUUAAUUAAUAUUAAAGAUGGUGGUAAUAAUACAUAUCAGUUUGAAGUAUAUGGCCAACCAUUUGUAAUUCUUUUUAACCUUAAAUAAAUUUUUUUCCUAAACAAAUUUUACAACU